UGUGUGUAUGUGUGUUUGUGUGGUGUAUAUAUAACGCACUGUUGAUUACUUGGCUGUGAUCUGUUUUAUACGACUUAUCUCUUCCUCAUCAUCAUUGUAAUUCGUUCUUUAUCUCUUCCAUUUACAUCUACACAUACAAACAUAUGUAUACACACACAUAAUCGUACAUUUAUAUAUGUAUAUACACACUGAUCUCUUGUAAAUAUCGUGUCCAGAGUCUCUUAUAAACACACAACAAAUAUAUUAUAUAUAUAUAUAUAUUACAUAUAUAUAUAUAUAUAUAUUACAUCUAUAUAUAUUUACGAAGCACCUGUUUAAACUCGGACGUUAUCUAUUGUAAUUCUCCUCCCUAAACAUUUAAAUCUCUCUCCCACCCUUGUAAAUAUCACUCCCCCUCUAUAUAUACUUACUAACUCUAUCUGUAUCUCUCUGUCUUUCCCUCUCACUCUCUUGUACUUUAUAUACUAUAUAUAUCCGCCUGUGUCUUCCUGUGGUCCUUCUGUCCGCUGCCGUUGUUCUUCAUAUCACAUCUCAAACAAACCGUCAGGACUGCAAAGAUGUCUUUAGAGGAGGCUGACGAGAAAACGGCCCUGAUUCGAUCCACUGAACAAUAUGGAGAAGAAGAGGAAGAAGAAGAAUUAUCCGGGUGCGGGGCCACUUUACCAUGUAAUCCCCGUCGGAACUUACAUCGAUACCUCAUCCUUUUUAUCAUGUGUUUCCUUAGUUUUGGCAGCUAUUUCUGUUAUGAUAAUCCAGCAGCACUUCAAGAUCAUAUGUUGAAAGAUCUCAGCUUGAAAGAAUACCAAUUUAUGAGUUUUUAUAUGUGGUACUCUUGGCCGAAUGUCAUUCUCUGUUUCUUUGGUGGAUUUCUUAUUGACAAACUUUUUGGUGUUCGACUUGGAGCAAUCAUUUUCAGCAGUUUUGUCACAGUUGGACAAGUAGUAUUUGCACUUGGCGGCAUCUACAAUAAAUUAUGGUUGAUGGAUAUGGGUCGAUUCAUUUUUGGAAUUGGAGGUGAAUCCCUGGCUGUGGCGCAGAACACUUAUGCCGUGAAAUGGUUUAAAGGCAAAGAACUCAACAUGGUCUUUGGUUUACAGUUGAGCUUUUCCCGAAUUGGAAGUACUGUCAACAUGAAUGUCAUGGGACCCCUCUACAAUAUAUUUAGUCGAGAUAAUCCUGGAUAUAAAGGACUCGGUUAUUUGCUUCUCAUUGUUGGUGGUGCCACUUGUCUUGUGUCCUUGUCGUGUGCCUUGUUAUUGGCAUUAUUCGAUAAAAGAGCUGACAGAAUUCUCAAAGUCAAAGCCAAAGCAGAUGAAGUCGUCAACAUAAAAGACGUGAAGGAUUUCCCUUUAACGAUGUGGCUCAUUUGCAUCAUUUGUGUAGCUUAUUACGUUACAGUCUUCCCAUUUAUUGGCCUCGGUCUAGUCUUUUUUGAAAAUAAAUUUGAUUUUGAUGCUUCAUUAGCUGCCACAGUCAACAGUAUUGUAUAUAUUAUCUCUGCUGUGGCCUCACCUCUCAGUGGUCUGAUUGUGGACAAAACUGGUAAAAAUAUAUUCUGGUUGUCUCUUGGCAUUUUUGUUACCUUGAUCUGCCAUGCAAUAAUGGGAUUUACGUUCUUAAACCCUUUUGUAGCCAUGUCCUUGAUGGGUGUCGCCUAUUCCAUUUUAGCCAGUGCUUUGUGGCCCCUCGUGGCUCAUAUCAUUCCAACACAUCAACUCGGAACAGCUUACGGAGUAAUGCAGGCCAUACAGAACUUGGGUCUGGCUUUGGUGUCAUAUGCUUGUGGUUUAAUUGUGGAUUCAAAGGGUUACCUGAUAUUGGAGGUGUUCUUCCUCGUCUGUUUAUGCACACAACAAACCGCCAGAAGUCUUGGUCCCAUGUCAUCCCCUGUGAGGCCCAAUGUUUCAGAGAGAAAGAAAUAGAGAGAGAGA